AUGACGUUCGGCCUCAAGAAUGCCGGCGCAACCUACCAGAAGGCCAUCCAGAGAUGCCUCCAGGGGCAGAUCAGGCGCAACACCGAGGCUUAUGUCGAUGACGUCGUCGUCAAGACAAAAUGUAAUGACCAGUUCAUUACAGACCUCUCCGAGACAUUUGAAAAUCUCAAGAAAUUCAAAUGGAAGCUCAACCCGACCAUGUGUGUGUUCGGUGUCCCAUCCGGAAAACUACUCGACUUCAUAGCUCACAAGAUCAGGGUGGCCUCAUCAUAUCCACUCGGCGACAUCGUCCACAACAAGGACGCCAACGGACGAGUCGUCAAAUGUUCAGUAGAGCUCGGUGCAUUCUCGAUUGAAUUCAUGCCACGCUCCACCAUCAAAUCCCAGGCGCUCGCCGACUUCGUUGCCGAGUGGACCGAGAUACAAGACCCUCCACCCGAUACAAGAUCCGAGCACUGGAUUAUGUACUUCGAUGGAGCCCUCAACCGCGAUGGAGUCGGUGCUGGAGUUCUCUUCAUCUCCCCGAAAGGUGAACAACUCAAGUAUGUCCUUCAACUACUCUUCAAGGCUACCAACAACGCUGCCAAGUAUGAAGCUCUUAUACACGGUCUCUGGAUUGCUGUCACGCUCGGCAUCAAGCGCCUGUUGGCAUACGGCGACUCCAAAGUCAUCAUAUAG